AUGUUCACCAGAUUCGAUGCAAACAAAUCCACCAAAGGCGCCUCGAAGCUGAGGCGCGAUCUAAUCAACUCCGAGAUUGCCAACUUGCGCGAUCUCCUACCACUGCCCCAAUCUACCCGGCAAAGGCUCUCGCAACUUCAGCUGAUGGCGCUGGUAUGUGUGUACGUGCGCAAAGCCAACUACUUUCAGCAGGUUUUCAAACGCAGCAUCGACAUCGGUUUACAUUCAGCGCCGACACCAAAUAUAGGAUUUUCGAAGGCACUAUCUGGAUUCCUCAUGAUGCUCACACAGAACGGGAAGCUGCUGUACAUUUCGGAUAAUGCCGCCGAAUAUUUGGGCCACUCGAUGGAGGAUCUACUCAUACACGGUGAUUCCGUUUACGACAUUAUCGACAAGCAGGAUCACGGUGCCAUCCAGAGUGAACUGAGUCGGGGUGUUUCGCAGCACACGGGUCACCAUCAUCAUCAUCAUCAUCACCAUCAGCACCAGCACCAUCAUCACCAGCAGCUAAGCAAUAAUCAUCACAACCAUCACGGCCAUCAUCACCAUCUGCUGCAUCACGGCCAUGGGAGUUCCCUUUCGCCUUCCGGUUCGUCCAUAGCGAGCUCGAGUGGUGGUGGCGGCGGAUCGUCGAGUUCGUCGGCGGGUUCGUCGCUUCUGGACGGCGAGCAACGAAUCUUUCUUUGUCGCAUGAAUGUGAGCAGAAAUGCGCGGCGCCAGAUGCGGUUUGGUGAUCAGAAGGUGGUACUGGUGCAGGGCCACUAUCUUUCCUAUCUGCCGCUGUGCAGCCGUAACGAGCCCGUCUUCAUUGCGACCUGCACACCGAUCGCCAUGCCGGAAACGCGCGAAUGCGUCGUCCAGGGUGCGACCAACGUCUUCACUACGAUCCACUCGAUGGACAUGAAGGUGGUGCACAUUGACAAAAACGGUGAAUUCCAUCUCGGGUACAGCCGUAGCGAACUGCAAGGUGUGUCCUGGUAUCAGCUGCUGCACUGGGAAUCGACACGCGAAGCGCAAAGCAAGCAUAGGCUAAUAACCCAGUCCGAACAAGACCGAUCGUGCAUUCUGCUGGUACGAAUGCAACGCCGUCAAAGCGACUUCCUGUGGGUGCACGUAGUGCUGCAAGUACGUGACGGUCAAGACUCGAACCAGCAAUCGGUGAUCGUGUGCACUAAUCAGGUGCUAAGCGACCGUGAGGCGUCCGUGAUGCUGUCCAACUCAUGGCUGUACCAUUACUACACCGUCCAGUCGAAGAUGCAGUUCGGUAUACCGUUCGAGGGUGCGACAAGGAUACCGCCGACGGCUCCGUACUACACCUCCAACACACCGGUCCAUCACAACAAUCACUCACCGGGUGGGGCCGGUACCUCGGGUGGAGCCAUGGUGGGCACAUCGGGAGGAACUCUUACGGCCACCGGAGUACAAACGCAUGGGUACACGCCACAAUCACACCACUCGCACCAUCACAUCCCAGCGUACGGUUACCAUUCGCCAUCGGGACAACAUCACAACGGCGGCUCGGUAACGCCAAUGUUGCACGCUCAUCAUCACCAUCAGCCGGUGAACAAUGGCGGAUUGACGACCGGUAGCGACGACUAUGGGACACGUGCGUAUGGAUUUCGGCUAGAUGCUACCGGACAGCCGGUCGACUAUAGUGGCGGUCAUCCAACACCACCGGCGUCAGCACCUCCGGCAAUAGUGAACCCGGCAGCUAUUCCUAUUCCGGUGGUACAGGUGACACCGCACAUUCGCUGCCACAACGGCGGUGGAACGGGAAGUGAACUGAGUGGCAAUGGAACCAGUGCCGGUAGUCAUCAAACGAACACUGCAACUAGUGACCGUCACAAUGGGACGCCCCCGGCCAAAAAACGGAACAUUAACCGACUGGAACCCAUCUACAUCCCCGAAAAUGGACAGUCUGAACCGUCCGAGGUAUCUACGGUAGAGCUACAGACGAAUUCGACCGGAUUACAUCAGACAGAGAGCGCUGGACAGGGUGUCACUAAUGGGUUAAACCACCUCAGCAGCAGUAUUGAGGGUGGCGGAUCUCUUGGAAAUGGAAGCGGCAGUAUAGGUGGUGGUGGUGGUGGUAAUGGUGGAGGAGGUGGAGGAGGAGGAGUACAGACGAUGUUGCUUGGCAACCGUACCGCGAUCGGUAGACUCCACUCCAAAUCGGCGAUCCUCCCCACGACGGUAUCGAAUAUGUCUAGCGAACCUACCGACUUUAUGGAGCAAUGGAAUCCAAGCCCUCCGUGGUCUGAUACAACCGCGCAGAAGGUACCGGAUAUAACGCAUCAAGAACUCUCCCCUUACAUGACGACGACACCACCAACGCCCACCAGUGCUCCCCAUCAGCAUCACACCGGUGGAUUCCCAACGGCGACCACGUUCUCCUUCGACUGGAUGCCGGAACAGUUUGUACCGAUCGCAACCGACUGCACAGGCACCACGCUCGUUCCAUCCGGUAGCACAGCGGUCUCGCAAUCCGUGUCUGGAACAUCCUCAAUUUCCUGCCUUUCUACCAGCAACAAUCACAGUACGGUGACAGGGAACGUAGGGUGUGUGUUGCCGCCCAGUUGUCUCACGCAGGAAGGCCUUCCGAUUCCUGGGCUAUCUUUACCUAUGCCUGUGCCUCUUCAAAUACCUCCACCUCCGUGGCCUUCAGAUCACCGGCUAUUGGCACUGGAAGGUACUACGGGAUCUUCGACAGCAUCGACGGCACCGGGAGAUAGUGGAAGCGAACGAAAGCCUCUGGACGACCAUCCGGAUCAGCGACGAUCUCACUGA